UGAGCUGAAGAAUUAUAUCAAGCACAAAGCAUUCGACUCAGAGACACUUAGAGAUGAUUGGAGUGGGCACCAGGUUGAUGCUAGGUGUACCUGUGAGGAGGAGCCUCGCUACUUUACCCUUUACUGCUGUGGCAUCAGUGUCCAAGUCGCAGAUCAGGCUGUUGUUGAUUGUAUCAAGUGGAAAGAGAGCUGUUUUUUCGGGAAUCCCAUCAACUGAGUUGAGAAAUUUUUCAAGCACAAGAUGUUGUGGUGAUAUUCUGCAAAACAAAGGACAGCUUCAUGGUAUUGCCAACGCAAGACCUUAUGGGAGAUUUAAUCUCAGAAAUUACAUUGGAUCCAGCAAAAUCCUACUGUUGUUGAAACGAAAUUAUGCGACAUACAGAGAUUUAGGGUAUAUCAAGAGCUACAACUUUAAUAGUGGCAGUGAUAGAAGAAAAAAUUUCAUUAGAGCUACAAUUUUUGCAAUACUAUUUAUGGCUGCAUCAAGUUUUAUCGUACCGAAAGUUGUCUCCAAUGUCUUUCCUGGACUAAAAAGAAAUCCAAAUCUUUUGAUAUACGGUAUUUUGGGAUUAAAUGGGAUCGUUUUCUUAUUAUGGAGAGCAUCAGCAUCAAAUGCGAGGAGUUUUGCAAAACUUAGUCAGAUUUUGAAUAAGGUCUUCUUAAUGAAUUCAUUUAAAACGAAUUUUCCAUCAAUGAUAUUCUCUACUUUUUCACAUCAAGAUUUUUUCCAUUUGCUAUUCAAUAUGCUAUGCUUGUAUUCAUUUGGAAGCUCAUUGGUCCAUAUAAUUGGGCCAUCGAAUUUUUUGACAAUGUAUCUCAACUCGGGGGUGUUUGCAUCGUGGUUCUCGCUUUUGGCGAGUCUUUUCAGGUUGUCGGCGACUUCUGCAGCGAUUUACUCAUUGGGAGCCUCGGGAGCAUUGUUUGGAGUGUUUGGGUGUUUUAGUUAUUUGCUUCCCAGCGCUGGUGUGAGCAUUUUCUUCUUUCCUAUCCCUGGCGGAGCAUGGAAUGCCUUUUUGCUAUCCAAUGUGGGCAAUGUGUUGGGAAUUGUGCUCAAGUGGGGGAGCUUUGACUACGCAGCACACUUAGGAGGAGCCCUUCUAGGGUGCUACUAUGGCUACUUGAUCAAAAAGAAGCACGACGAGAGAAGCAGAAGAAGAAGCAGCUCCCUCUUCGACGUCUUCAGAUAAACACAGGAAAAAAAGAACCACCAAACUGGAUGGUCACGUUUGCCACUGUGAUACCAUGCAAACACACGCAUGCUGCAUAAACCAUCAAAAGGGUACAAAACCUGCUGUGAAACCAGCCCUGUGGUACCAGCAGGGUAAGAUUGCAACAUAAAAAUGCCACUUUUGCGGGUCUUAUGCAACAACAAUGUGUAUUUAUGCAUUUCACUGUCGUGGACCAAUUGGAGCGAGACCAUCCAGGCGGUUGCAUUACGCGACCCACACGCCCGGUCUCGUUUUCUGCAAUUUUUUCUUUUCCUCAGAAAUGCAGUCGGUAUAAAAGAUGUAUAUAACUUGUAUAUAAGUAGCGUAUCACUUCUCUCACCU